CAAAUAAAUUAAUAACUUAAAUUAUAAAUGUUUUAGUAAAUUUCAAUGAUUUUCUCUCUUUUACAAAAUAAUGGGUAUUUUGAUAACUAAAGAUACAAGAAGAAUUAGUUUUGUCAAUACUAUUGAAAUAAAUCCAGCAUUAUUGGUGGAAAAGUCAAUAGAAGACCAAGAUACUUUUGUGCAAAAUAAUUUAGAAUCUUUGCAGGAAUGUGCAGAUGAGUUGAUAUUUGAUGAAACCAUACCAUGUAAAGAAGUUCAAGAUGAAGAACAAAAAUAUUGGUCUGGAAGAAUUGAAAGUUUAAGAAAUGAACACCAAAUGAUAACCAAAAUAAUAGAGAGCGAAUAUGAAAAGACAAUUGAAAAUACCAACAAAUUAUACGAAGAACCUAUUAUAACUGAAGAGAAAAUAGAAAAAAUUAAACCAUGCUAUAAUUGGCGCUCAAAGGCACCUGAUAUAAAUGACUUCACCAUAAUUAAACCUAUCAGUCGUGGUGCAUUUGGAAAAGUAUUUCUUGCACACAAGAAGAAUAAUGCAGAACAAAUGUUUGCAAUAAAAGUAAUGAAGAAAUCAGACAUGAUAAAUAAAAAUAUGGUCACUCAAGUUGUUACUGAAAGAAAUGCUUUAGCUUUAUCAAGAAGUCCAUUUUGUGUUCAUUUAUUUUAUUCAUUACAAUCAGCAUCAUCUGUAUAUUUGGUGAUGGAGUAUAUGAUUGGAGGUGAUUUGAAAUCACUUUUAGGUGUUUAUGGUUUUCUAGAGGAAUCAAUGGCAGUUUUUUAUGCAGCCGAAGUAACAUUAGCUUUGGACUAUUUACAUAAGCAUAAUAUAGUCCAUAGAGAUCUGAAACCAGAUAAUAUGUUGAUAUCUAAAUCUGGUCAUGUGAAGUUGACAGACUUUGGUUUAUCCAAGAUUGAAAUACACAGAGAUUUGGAGAUAUCAGAUUUUGUGAAUCAUACACCGAGUUUGAAUAUGAGAACACCUGGACAGUUGCUCUCCUUAACAUCACAUCUAUCCUUUGGUUCGGGAGGUGGUGACAGCACACACAACUCUAUGGCAGAUGCGUGUGAGAACCUUCUUGAUGCACUUAAAGAGACCAGUAAAUUAAAAGAUAUCUGUGAAGUUAAUGGAUUGGAUAAUUCACCUUUAGUGGAUAAUUCACAGCUGUCUGGAAUCCAUCCAUUUAUGAGCGCUGAGAGUAUUCAAUUGGAGGAAGUAGCUUUUCCAGAUUCAGGUUCAGAGUCUGUGAGUUCGUACCACACUUGUGAGAGUUCUAGAAACAGCACUAACUCCAGAAGUAACAAGUCAACGGAUAUCAGCAGUAACAAUGCCUCUUCAGUGACGGACUCACAGCAUGAUGAAUCUACCUCACCACUUUGCAGAGGACAUUCGUUGAAGAGGAUACCGAGUUUCCGUGCUAAGAAGAGAAAGAGAAUAUUAGACUGUGAUGGAGAUACACCAACUGGUGUGUCAAGUCUUUUAGAAUCAAAAGAGAACUGUAGCGGACUCACACAAGAGAUAAUGGCAUUAGAGCUCAGUCAAAAUACACCGAAACGUAUGUCAAUACAUCCUACACCUGAACGACGGAAAAAUCCUAUAAAAGGUGUUUUAAAGAAAAGAUGGGUGUCACAAGAUGAUUGUCAUCAUUAUAAUGUAGGCGUAAUAUUUUCAACGCCCGUGUCAAAUAGCAAGAUGCCGGACAGGAAAAAAAUGCAAAAGGCGACUCGAUUCAAUUUGCCCACAGAGGAACCUAUGUCUAGUUCAAAGGACAAAUCCUUUACAUUCAGCAAACAUGUUUCGACUAGUUUGGAGAUUUUUCCUUUGAGAAGGUUAAGUAAGGAAGGCGGUGACAGAUCACCGACGGAGUUGUGUAAGACUCCGCUAGCGAGCGCGCACACGCCGUACCGCACGCCCAAGAGCGUACGACGCGGAAAUCACUCCGACCAACUUAUAUUAGGCACACCGGAUUAUUUAGCACCUGAAUUACUCUUACGGCAAGGUCACGGGUGUCCCGUAGAUUGGUGGGCGCUCGGAGUGUGCCUCUACGAGUUCAUGACAGGAGUGCCGCCCUUCAACGACGAAACGCCUCAAGCAGUAUUUAAUAACAUAUUGUCUAGAAACAUAGAAUGGCCGGAGGCGGAGGAGGCGCUGUCGGCGGAGGCGGUGGGCGCGAUCGAGGCGCUGCUGACGAUGUCGCCGGGCGAGCGGCCCGCGGCCCGCGCCGUGCGCGCCAUGCCGCUCUUCCGCCGCGUCGACUGGGAGCGCCAGCUGCACGCGCCGCCGCCCUUCGUGCCCAACCCCGAUGACAUGCACGACACUGGAUAUUUCCAAGCGCGCAAUAUCUUGCAACAGCUUCAUGUAUCCAAUUUCGACAUGUGAGAAAACAACAACUGGAUCUCAAGAACAUUCUUAUAUUAAAUGUGAUAAUUAACUAAGUUUUGUUUUCAACUAUAAUGUCGCAGUAUAUUUCCUUUAAUUUAUAACAACUAGAAAUAAUAACCUUUAUGUAUUGCGUCUUAAUGAUCGUGUAAAUGAUUGAGGCUCUUUUUGAAUUGUAAAUAAAAUACAAUAUUUGUGUUAAUUAUUUAUUUAUAAAACUUACGUACUAUUUGGCACAUGUUCAGGAAUUUUGAUUGGCAUGCCUACGUACGGACCGGGACCAAUUUAUUGAGAAAGACAAGAUUCCAGUAUUGCCUUUCUCAAAGUAAUUGAUUGGAAAAUAUACAUAUAUAAUGGAAUAUAGGUAAUAAAAUGAUGCUUUUUAUGCG